AUGCUUUUCUUUGAAAAAAUGCCUAAAAGGAGUAGGAGUACAGGUCCCUGGAAUGCCAUCAUGGCUGGCCUUGGAGUUCAUGGGCAUGCCGCAGAGGCUCUCAGUGUCUUCUCACGAAUGCAGCAGGAAGGAGUUAAUCCUGAUCAUGUCACAUUUGUUUCACUGUUGGCUGCCUGUAGUCAUGCUGGCUUAGUUGACCAAGGCCGGAGUUUCUUUGAUAUGAUGCGUAUAACAUACGGCAUUAUCCCCAUUGCAAAACAUUAUGCGUGCAUGGUUGACAUGCUUGGCAGAGUUGGUCAGCUACAGGAAGCUUUUGAUUUUAUACAUAACAUGCCAAUUAAACCUGAUUCUGCUGUUUGGGGCGCUCUGCUUGGUGCUUGCAGGAUUCAUGGGAAUGUUGAAAUGGGCAAAGUGGUUUCGCAAAACCUGUUUGAACUUGAUCCAGAGAAUGUUGGAUAUUAUGUUCUAAUGUCGAACAUGUAUGCGAAGGUUGGGAAAUGGGAUGGAGUUGACGAAGUGCGGUCUUUGGUCAGACACCAAAAUUUGCAGAAAACCCCUGGAUGGAGUUCAAUAGAGGUGAAAAGAUCAGUGAAUGUGUUUACAGUGGCAACCAGACAGAACCCCACCCUCAACACGAAGAGAUCCAGGCAGAGCUGCAGAAUCUGUUGGCCAAAAUGA